AUGAUUCAACCUCCAUUUGAUCAGUUUGCUACUCUAACGGCGCCCGCCACCACGUCCUCGGUGGCGCCUAUUCCCACUAUCAUUCCGGGGUAUGAGGUCUACCAGGAACUUCAUGAUACAGGCAAGCGAACUCUUUGGGUUGUCACUGUGUUGAUGGGCGUUUCCUCGCUGGUGUUCUAUACUUUGGCCGCUCGUGCUCCUCUAUCUAAACGAAUCUUUCAUAUCCUCACCUCCCUGAUAACCACAAUCUCCUUCGUGAUCUACCUAGCUCUUUCAACAGGCCAGGGCAUAAUAACCAAACACGACAGAGUCCACGAAUCCCACAAACAUGUCCCGGACACCCACACAGACUACGCUCGCCAGAUCCUAUGGCUGCGCUUUGUUAACUGGGCCAUCACCACACCCCUGCUCUUCAUCAACCUCGCCCUUCUAUCCGGCCUACCAGGCGCAAACCUACUCAUCGCCAUUGUCGCCCACCUGAUCAUGCUUACAACAGCUGUAUUCGGCAUAUUUUCAGGACACGGCCGCGAGCGCUGGGUCUGGCUGACCCUCACAUGUAUUUCUUACCUGGUCGUGAUCCACCACAUUGGCUUCCACGCACAGCGAGCGGCGAAGAGCAAGGAUAUCCAGACAAGACGGUUCUUUGGGUCUGUUUCUGGGUCUGCAAUUGCCAUGUUGGCACUUUUCCCAAUUUCCCUCGCGGCUGGUGCUCUCGCGCUCAGACUGAGUGUUGACACGGAGACUAUCCUUUUCGCUAUCCAGGAUGUCUUCACGCAAGGUAUCCUUGGAUACUGGCUUCUGUUCACUCAUGAGAGUUCGCCUGGAAUUGCACUCUACAUGGAAGGAUUCUGGUCGCAUGGUGUCGGCAAUGAGGGAGCUAUUCGUAUCUCCGAUGAAGAGGGUGCGUAA